ACGUCCCUCUCCCAGUGACUGGCCGUGUAGGGGAGACUGUCACACUGACACCCCGUCUGUCUCUCACACAUCCCAUUGAAGGAGUCAUAUGGAUGUUUCAUGUUAAUGGGAUAAAAAAAAUCCUGGCUGAAUUCAGAGACCAGAAGUUUAUCAGAGUGAAUGAGAAUUAUUUCCCCAACCGGCUGGAAGGGUCUAACAGUGGCACCGCAUUACUGAUCAGGGAGCUGAGAAUGGAGGAUUCUGGGAUGUUCACUGCACUCAUUUUUGUUAAUGGAAAAAUGAGAGACAUUUCUUAUAAUCUUACUGUGUUUGAGCCCAUCCCUACACCAGUAAUAGAGAAGACAUUAGAUGGGAAUUCCACUGAUCUCUGCCAUCUUCAUUGUUCUGUCCCAUCAAACUCACCAACCCUGUCCUACAGUUGGACCUACAGAGAUACUGGCACUGACAGACUAUAUGCCAAUGGCAGCACAAUCACUGUAUCACUGAAGGAUAAGGCAUUGGGGGCAGAAUUUACCUGCUGGGUACAGAAUCCUGCUCACAGCAACAGCACAUCCGUCCCUUUAUAUCCAUGUGGGGAGGCACAGACAGAGGCACAAAGGAAGGAUGGAAUUUGCUGGAUUAAAGUAUAUAUUUAUCUCCCUGUUAUUGCCGUACUCGUUACAGUAGUCGCUACAGUAAUAUUUGUUACAAGACAGAAGCACACAAUAAACCAAAGAGCAAGGUGACACCAAACCCCAUACAGCCUCUUUAUGUUAAUAGCCCACCCUUUUUUUAACUGUUACUGUGCCACAUAAAUAAGGGGGAUUAUGAUGCAGAAUUUGC